GCGGAAACGGCUCUUCGUACAGACGUAGAAAUUGCGAGCUUCGAUAAUUAUCCGCACAGUGAGCAUUACGGAGGAGCGACAAAGUGAAAUGAGAGAGAAGGAGAAGGAGAUCAGGCGCUGCAAUCAUCAUCGUAGUGACGCCGAUAUAACCAAGGUGAAUAAGACAACGCAGAGGGAAGGGAGGUUUAAGAGAAACAUCGAGCGUCGGAGGAUCAACUUUGGAAUCAAUGUAGAUUUGUUCGACUCUAAUAAUUUGAGAGGAGGAGGAGGUCUGGAAAAGAUAUCGGGCACCGAUGGAGCAAUCUUGAGAUCAUAUAGCUUCUAUGCAGGUAACUCCGUUGUGCAUCGAGUGAUGGGGCUGUCCCUUUCCCAAGACAAGAACGUACUGGAGGAAGUUUUGCGACGAUGAAGAAACAAGGUUGGUUAAAGUAAGUGAUUCAUUUCAAAAAUCCUAUCUUCCUAUUAUUUCCACCUUGCACGAUUCAGAUACAGAUCCUUGCGAUAUCGUAGAUUUUGACCCUCCUCGCACUUCCCAAGGUUUCGAUGAGAACGUACCUCUCGUAGAUCAGAAAUCCUCUAGAACAACAGAUAUCCCUCCAAAAGAAGACGGUGAGACUGCU